CCGCCAAGGCCUGAACCGUCAGACGUCUUCUCAAGAUGACUACAAACGGCACGAAUAAUGCCCAGGUUGAUGAAGAGCUUGCAUCGGCCUUCAGACAGCACUUACCAGAUCUAACCUCACCUCGCUUCGUCAAAACCGCGCAGCAGAGUCCGUACGAGUACUCCGAAGCGUUCCAGCAAAAACAACAUCCCCCUUGGCUGUACCGGCUGACGAAAGCAUGGGAGGAUCUGCUGGAAGAUCCAUUCCAGGGCGUGACGAUUGAUGGCACUGUUCGUCAAGGAGUAUACAAGAAAGAAGACUUUCAAGGAGCUUCUAUUGACAAGAUCGUGCAAGCCACGAAUACUGCGCUGGGACAGCUAAACUCGGAGCAGAGCAAAAAGGUUCGGUAUCCCUUGAACGCGAAGCAAUGGCGCUGCUGGUCAAACCCUGAGUUUCUGCUGCGUCCCUUUGGUCUCCGACUGGAAGAACUCCCAGAGGAGACCGCACAGUCCAUCCUGGGCGUCUUGGAGGCUACGUUCUCCAAACAAGGAUACCAGAAAGCGCUCGCAGCGAUCCGUAUCAACCACUUUCUAGGAGAGGUGUGCAAGGUGCCUCGAAUCAUGAAUCAGUAUUCGUACAACUUCCUGCUGUUCGGUGAGCCCUCUACAGACAAGCCAUGGGGCUGGUCGCUCUACGGCCACCACCUCUGCCUCAACGUCUAUCUCCACGGCUCGCAGAUCGUGAUCUCGCCUUACUUCACAGGAGCGGAGCCUAAUCUAAUCGACGAGGGUCCUUGGAAAGGCACACAAAUUCUGCAUACGCAAGGCGAUCUGGGCUUGCGGCUGAUGCAGUCGUUACCAAAAGAGAAACAGCAGAUUGUGCAGACCUACAAGCUGAUGCGAGACCCCAAGAUGCUUCAAAGUGGAGAUUUGAAGGUUGAUCGAUGGAAUCAAGAUGAUCAGCGACACUUGUGUGGAGCAUUCCGCGACAACCGAGUGGUGCCGUACGAGGGUGUCAAGGUCUCUGAAAUGACCGCUGAGCAGCAAGACAUCGUUCUCGAGAUUGCGGACGAGUUCUUGCUCUAUUAUCCUGACGAAACGCGACAGAAGCAAAAGCAGCAAAUCAAAAAGCAUUUUGAGGAAACCUACUUCAGCUGGAUUGGAGGAUAUGGUGACCACGACGCUUUCUACUACCGGAUACAAAGUCCUGUCAUCGUUCUGGAGUUCGAUCACCACUCUGGAGUCUUUUUGGCAAACACCGAGCCUGCCAAGUUUCACACGCAUACCAUCUGUAGAAUGCCUAAUGCGGGUGACUACGGUCAGGCACUGCGGGAUGAACAAGAUCGUCUACAAUAGAAGAGAGCUAAUUGAAACCUCUCAUCAAUUUGGUCGCCUUGUAACUGCCCAGGCGAGCAUGAUGAUUACACGCAUAUGAACAACUGCAAUCGAUAUCAUACUCAACCGGGUAAUUCAAUGGCCCCUCCAGCAUUCCCGUCCGAUCUCGUCGCCCAGCUCGCGUACCACGUGAUAUCAAAGCCCUUCGUGUCCGCCUCUUCAACAGCCUCUGAGACGACAUGAUCAAAGUGAUCGAGAUCAGCUUUGCUGCGACUAGCGCCGCACGCGCCCUUGAGUUGCUCAAGCCAAGCCAUUCCCAACUCUCUCAUAUGAAACUCUGCGCCCUCUCCGAUCCGACUCACAGCCUUCUUCACCCUCACAUCCACCAGUCGCACGCCAGACCUGUGGCUCGCAGCAUUAAGUACAGCAGCCAAAUCCCCACCCAGACUCCCAUGACCACCACCUGAUGAAAACCC